UAACAGAGUCCUUCCUCAAGCCCGACCCGACGUGAAUCUCAGAUGCGGAGGGACUGGAACCCGCUUUCCUAACCUCAGACGAACAAGCAAGAAGAGUCGAAAGGUUCAAUUUUUUCAGGUAAUCUUUCGACGAAGAAGCCUUCAGCCGACUUCUCCAAGUCAUUUAAAGGAAGAGAUCAGAGAACGACGGUCUAAAGAUUUCUGAAGAUGAGUUUGGUUGCCAAGCUAAGGCAUCAUUUGCCUAAAAGCUUAUUAUACAGUAAACCUCUUCUAUCGUCUGCUCGUACAAUCUAUCCCAGUCAAUUAAAGAUCGUAUCCCGUCUGCUUGCCCAAUCUGCAACGAAGGAAGUUGAAAACGAAGAAGUAGAGAUUGACCAAAGAAGGCUUCCAGCAGACUACGAUCCAGCCACAUUUGAUCCUUCAGAGCAUCGUAGUCCCCCAACCGAUCGUGUGUUUAGGCUGGUUGAUGAAAUAUCGGGGCUUACACUUAUGGAAAUAUCAGAGCUAUCUUCAAUCUUAAUGAAGAAAUUGGGGAUGAAAGAACCGCCAGUUGUGGGGGUUAUGAAACCUGGUAGUGCUGGCUUGGCCGGGGCGGCUGCAAAGUCGGGUGCAGCCACGAAGGAGGAGAAGAAACCAGAAAAAACAGUAUUUGAAUUGAAACUGGAAUCAUAUGAUGCAGCCUCAAAGAUUAAGAUUAUAAAAGAAAUUAGGAGUUUCACUGAUUUGGGUCUGAAAGAGGCUAAGGAUUUGGUGGAAAAGGCACCAGCUGUGUUUAAGAAAGGUGUAUCAAAGGAAGAAGGAGAGCAAAUAAUGGAGAAGUUGAAAGCUGUUGGAGCAAAAGUCGUUAUGGAAUGAAAACUUAUGUUAGGUUUCCUUCCUCUGCCCAAGUUUUUCUGCAUCUUUGGGAUAUUGCAAUCUUUGUAUUUUUACAAAUUAGUGUUCAUCUGGAUGAUUGUAGCAAUAUCUUCUUACUAUCUGAAAGAUACUUUUGAUCAUGUAGAGCCUAUUUGGAAAUUAGGAUUUAUCCAAUCUUUUGGGCUGUA